AAACACUUGGAUUUCUCUGUUGGGUCAUAACUCAUAAACAGUUACCUCAAAAGAUGGGUGUGUGUUGCACAUAUUCUCAGAAAAACUAUAAAAAUGCAUGAAAGAGAGAGGAAAGGAAAGGGAGAGAGAGGCAGUGGGCGGCUGGGUAGUGGUGGUGGUGGCUGUGAGAGUACUGGAGGAUGAUGAAAGACAAGACGAUGAUCUAGUUUACUGUUCGCAUUAAAGAAAAAAGAGGCUGACAAUUCCGGCGCCCUCACGUUAGGCCCAGUGGGCUUCUCUCCGUGCCUUCUUAAAGGUCGGGAGAAGUCGAAAAAGGUAAUACUACCUACUGUUCACACCUCUCAUUAACUUCUCUUCCUUUUUUAACACGUUGGUUACAAGUGUCAACCAAGCUCGGAUUCUUUUCCAUGCUGAGAUUUGUAUGAAUUUAAACAGGAUCACUUUCCAUCCAGGUUUGAUACUAUUUGUUAAGAUGAAAUGUGUCUUAGUAUUGUUGAAAGAAUCGAAAACAGCUAAGAGCAAGAAGAUUAAUUCUUUUAGCAGAAGAAGAAGAACAACAAGAAGCCUUUAAGCCCUACCCCACUCUUUUUUCCUCUAUUAUGCGCAGGGAUGGGUACAUCUCUAUCUAAAAUGAAGAGAAGACAAAAUGAACAAGCGUGGAGCAUUGGGUGCACCCAAAAUGGCCAACUCAUUUAAUGAUAGGUGCAACCUCUAGAUCUUCCGAAUCUCUCGCUCAAGAUAGCCAUGACCCUCUCAUUCAUUUCCCUUACCAAGGACAAAGAGCUUUUUCCUUAUUAUUUUUCACUUGCCAAGUAGUAUCUCUGUCUCUCUCCCUCUCCCUCUCCCUUCUCCUCUCUCUUUCUCCUUUUCUCAAAAAAGCUAGAGCUGCAUGAAGUGAUCAGGUUAAUAACCCCAUGUGUAUUUUGGAACACUCUGAACUUUCCCAAGGUCUCUCAUAAGGGCAAAAACCUUUGCAGCUUAUUGCUAGAAAUAGUCUAGGGUUUAUCAUUUGGUUAUUUUGGUGAAAGAUGGACCGGGGAAUAGGAUUGUUUAGCGUGUUGAUGGGUGCUGUCUUGGUAGGAUAUUGGUUUUGGCACAAGAAGAAGAUGAAGAGAGUAGGCGUAGGAGGAGAGGUAGUAGCAAAGAAAAGUGGGGUUCCUAAAGGGAGCUUGGGUUGGCCUUUCAUAGGAGAAACUCUCGACUUCAUUGCUUGUGGUUACACCUCCCGGCCUGUCAGUUUCAUGGACAAACGCAAAUCCCUGCAUGGGACGGUGUUCAAAACUCACAUCUUGGGAACACCCAUCAUUGUUUCCACCGAUCCCGACGUGAACAAGGUGGUUUUACAGAACCAUGGCAAUGUUUUUAUCCCUGCUUACCCCAAAUCGAUCCGGGAGUUGCUUGGCGAACAUUCCAUCCUUCAGAUGAAUGGGAAUCUUCAGAAGAGAGUUCAUGCACUCCUCGGAGGUUUCUUGAGAUCCCCACAACUCAAGAGCCGUGUCACUAGAUACAUUGAAAACUCUGUCAAACUAACUUUGGGCUCAUGGCAAGACAUGCAGCUGAUACAUGUUCAAGAAGAAACCAAAAAGAUUACAUUCAAUGUCUUGGUAAAAGUUUUGAUGAGUGUUGGUCCUGGAGAAGACUUGAACUUUCUGAAGAGAGAAUUUGAAGAAUUCAUCAAAGGCUUAAUCUGCUUACCCAUCAAAUUUCCAGGAACAAGACUAUAUAAAUCUUUGAAGGCCAAAGAAAGGUUACUGAAAAUGGUGAAAAAGAUUGUGGAGGAGAGAAAAUUGGCUAUGGAGAAAACAGACGAAAGAGGUAUGGCCAAUGAUGCGGUGGACGUGCUGCUACGUGACAGGGAAGAAGCAAACGACAAGCAAUCUCUACCGUUGGAUUUCGUCAGCGGAAACAUAAUAGAGAUGAUGAUCCCUGGAGAAGAGACGGUUCCCAUGGCAAUGACCCUAGCUGUCAAAUUCCUCAGUGACUGCCCUGUUGCUCUCCACCAGUUGAUGGAGGAGAACAUGGAACUGAAGAAGCAGAAGAUGAUGAAUUCUGCUGAAGACUAUAGUUGGACUGACUACUUGUCUUUGCCUUUCACUCAAAAUGUGAUAAGUGAAACUCUUAGACUGGCAAAUAUCAUCAAUGGAGUUUGGAGGAAAGCACUCAAGGAUAUAGACAUUAAAGGUUAUUUGAUACCACAGGGAUGGUGUGUCCUGGCAUCUUUCAUUUCUGUUCAUAUGGAUGAGGAAAAUUAUGAAAACCCAUAUCGUUUUGAUCCAUGGAGAUGGGAGAAACUUGGAGCUGCUGUUAACAACAAUAGCUUCACACCCUUUGGAGGUGGGCAGAGGCUCUGCCCUGGUUUAGAACUGUCAAGGCUAGAGCUUUCAAUCUUCCUUCACCAUCUUGUCACCAGUUACAGAUGGGUUACUCAGGAGGAUGAAAUCAUCUACUUUCCAACUGUUAAGAUGAAGAGGAAGCUGCCAAUCACAGUCACCCCCUUAUGCAACUACCAGUAGUUUGGCCCAUCCAGGAAAGAUCUUUUCAAAAAAUAUCUAAAAAAGAAUAUAUUUUCUAGUCUCAUUGGAUAGAUAUAACCAGACAGAUACUUGGAAGCUUUAUCCCCACCAAAAGGGAGCCAUUGGAAAUGGAAUUUGUACAGCUGCAAUGAUCUUUAACAAACCGAUGGGACUGUGUAUCAUGGUGUUAGUUCUCAUGUCACCAUCUUUUUUUAUAGCAGUCGAGGACCUUGGGCCCUUUUUUGGUCAUUCAAAAUUGAAUGCAAGUGGGGAUGACAUAAUCUAACUCUUCAUGUCUGAGCUUCAAAUGGAUUAAUUUUUCCUUUUU